UUGAAUUCCAAUACUUCGAAUUCUUUACAAUUACAGACCAUUGUUGCUGUCAGUUUCACUCAUGAAACCAAAUUUCCAUUUAUGAACAACUUGCCUAAUAGCAAUUCUCUAUUAUGUGAUUAUGUCAUGCAACUUAAUGAACAUUAUUUAGGUGCAAACAUCCUGCCAAAACAAGCCAAUCACAGAGAAGAAUUGAAUACUUCCACCUAAGGUAUUUAAUAUGUGGGGUUUUCCUCUUAUUUCACUGCCUUUUGAAUCCAAUUCCUUCUUAUAAUUGACAUGGUGUGAGUUUUUAAGAUUUUUAAGAUUUUUGCAGUAGGAGAUUAAGCUUUGAAGAGAAUGAAGAAUUCGGUUUCGGAUCAGAGUUUCUACAUUGAGAGUGAAGAUGAGGAACAUGAGAAAAUGUUUAACAGACAUGAAGGGAAUGAUGAUGGAAAUGAAUCUGAUGCUUCUGAUUCUUCAGCUGAAAACCAGCAACCGAAUAAACCCAGUUCCUACAAUACUUUAUGGCCUCAAAGUUACAGGCAGUCUAUUGACUUGUAUAGUAGUAUACCAUCUCCGAGAAUCGGGUUUUUGAGUACUCCUUCACGCAUUUCCUUUCUUUCAUCAUCAUUAACGAGAAGGCAUACUUCGGAAUCAUUAUCUGCAGUGACAAAACCUCUCCUACCGACAGUUGAUGAUCAAAUACAGGCUCAAAGACGUAUUAGUUCUCACUCUCUACUACCUCCGAUCCCAUUAAGGAGACAAUCUGUAAGAGUAGAUGAUGAAACAUCCAAGUCUCAUGAACUUCCAAUAUCUCACCAGAGCUCAUAUGGGCAAGCUGUGCUAAAUGGGAUUAAUGUGCUAUGUGGAGUUGGAAUCCUUUCUACCCCAUAUGCUGCCAAGGAAGGAGGAUGGUUGGGGCUUGUAAUAUUAUUCACAUUUGCAGUGCUUUCUUUUUACACUGGACUGCUUUUGCGCCAUUGUCUGGAUAGUAAACCUGGGCUCGAAACUUACCCCGAUAUUGGUCAAGCUGCAUUUGGCACCGCUGGUAGAAUUGCCGUUUCGAUAAUUUUAUACAUGGAGCUAUAUGCUGCUUGUGUUGAAUAUAUAAUUUUAGAGGCUGAUAACUUGUCAUCCUUAUUCCCAAAUGCACAUAUUAGUUUGGGUAGAUUUGAGUUGAACUCACCACGUCUGUUUGCACUGAUGUCAACCCUUGCUGUUCUUCCCACUGUUUGGAUCAGAGACCUUAGUGUUCUUAGUUAUCUCUCUGCUGGUGGAGUUGUUGCAUCAAUCUUGGUAGUAUUCUGCUUGUUUUGGGUUGGUUUGGUAGAUCAAGUCGGCUUUCAUAACGAUGGGACUAAAUUGAACCUGUCUACACUUCCAGUUGCUGUUGGACUCUAUGGUUUCUGCUAUCAAGGACAUGCUGUUUUUCCAAAUAUCUAUACCUCAAUGGCGAAACCAAAUCAAUUCCCUUCAGUACUCUCAGUAUGUUUUGUGAUCUGUUCUUUGUUGUGUGCUGGAACUGCAAUUAUGGGGUACAUAAUGUUUGGAGAAGCAACAGAAUCACAGUUCACUCUCAACAUGCCAAAAGAUCUGAUUGCUUCAAAGAUUGCUGCGUGGACAACGGUUGUCAACCCAUUUACCAAAUAUGCAUUAACCUUGUCUCCAGUGGCAAUGAGUCUUGAGGAGUUGAUACCAGCAAGCCAUCUCAAUUCUCACAUCUACGUUAUCUUAAUAAGAACUUCGCUGGUGAUCUCAACCUUGAUUGUUGGUCUCAUCAUUCCCUUCUUCGGCUUGGUAAUGUCAUUGAUAGGAUCUUUAUUCACAAUGCUUUUGUCCUUGAUACUUCCUUCUGCUUGUUAUUUAAGCAUCCUGAGGGGUAAAGUAACUCUUAUUCAGGCUACACUUUGUGUUAUAGUAAUUGCAGUGGGAUUAGUUUCAUCUGCCUUCGGAACAUACUCAGCAAUCUCCAAGAUUGUUGAGAAUUUGAGAAGCUGA